GUAAUAAAACAUUUAUACACCGGAAGUUUGCAAAUGUUCGACCAAUCAUCUUCGAUUGUUUUCCUGGCAUUUCCUGUGUCAGUUGGAAGCAGCUAGUGGGAAGGGUAAAGAGUGGUGACAAACAUCAGAAGUGGUUUCUUGGAGCUAAACUAAAACACUGGUAUUAUUUUAAACGUAUUAGAUCAGCAAUGCAGAGGAGUGAGAUGGAGGAUCCUGUAGCUGAUAGCAGUGCAGAUGAUACAGAGGAGAGCACCACUGCAUCUGAGAUGACCAAUAGCCCUAAAGAAGGCGUAACACAGCCGGACGGCACACCAACCAAUUCUCAGGCAGAGGAAGGCUUGGCAGAGGCUGGAGCGAAUUCUGCCUCCUGUGACAUGGCUGAGGAACUGAGCAGACAGCUGGAGGACAUCCUCAGCACCUAUUGUCAUGAGGAUGGUGGUGUUGGCGGUGAGGAUGCGGCGGUGACCAGCGGCCAGCCUGACGGUGUGGAAGUGAACGGGCUGUCUGAGAAGGAGGACGGCAAGCAGGAGGAGGCCAAACUGAAUGGCAAUGGAUGCACUGAGAAGGACCAGAAAAAGCUGCAGGACAAGAAGAAAGUGAAGGGACUGGGCAAGGAGAUCACCCUUCUUAUGCAGACCCUCAACACAUUGAGCACUCCAGAGGAGAAGCUGGGUGGUCUAUGUAAGAAGUAUGCUGAGCUGCUAGAGGAGCACCGUAAUGCUCAGAAACAGAUGCGGGUUCUGCAGAAGAAGCAGACGCAGCUGAUCCAGGAGAAGGACCACUUAAGAAACGAGCACAGCAAAGCCAUCCUGGCACGCAGCAAGCUGGAGAGUCUCUGUCGAGAACUGCAGAGACACAACCGCACACUUAAGGAGGAUGGUGUGCAACGUGCCCGAUUGGAGGAGGAGAAAAGGAAGGAAGUGACCUCACAUUUCCAGGUGACUCUGAACGACAUCCAAGUUCAGAUGGAGCAGCACAACGAGCGUAAUGCAAACCUAAGGCAGGAGAACAUGGAGCUGGCUGACAAACUGAAGAAGCUUAUUGAACAGUAUGAGCUCAGAGAGGAGCAUAUUGACAAGGUGUUCAAGCAGAAAGAUCUGCAGCAACAGCUGGUAGAUGCGAAGCUUCAUCAGGCACAGGCACUGCUCAAGGACUCGGAGGAUAGGCAUCAGAAGGAGAAAGACUUUCUCCUGAAAGAGGCAGCUGAGUCCCAGAGGAUGUAUGAGCUUAUGAAACAACAGGAAGUCCAUCUGAAACAGCAGCUCUCAUUGUACACAGAGAAGUUUGAAGAGUUUCAAAACACACUUUCCAAAAGCAACGAGGUGUUCACAACAUUCAAACAAGAGAUGGAAAAGAUGACAAAGAAGAUUAAGAAGCUGGAGAAGGAAACCACCAUGUACAGAUCACGAUGGGAAAGUAGUAACAAAGCCCUGCUGGAAAUGGCAGAGGAGAAAACGUUACGAGACAAGGAUUUCGAAAGCCUGCAGGUGAAGGUGCAGCGACUGGAAAAGCUCUGUCGUGCAUUACAGAUAGAACGCAACGAGCUGAGUAAGAAGGUUCAGGGUGUUUCCACAGGUGUUGAGAGUAAGCCAGAAACUGAGACGGGGUCACCAUCAGAAGCCACGGACUCGGAGGAGGGCAGCCCUGUCCAUCAGAACAGCGCAGAGACUCCACAAACCGCUUGUAGCCCGGCGUGCCACUGCGCUCCAGAUCUAGAGGCCGAGACUCACAGAGAGGUUUGCUCAGCCCAGGAUUGAGUCUUGCUGCUGCUGCUGGGCGGCCAGGACACACACAAUCCUUCCCGCCUCUACCAGACCCCCGACCCUCCAUCGGCAGGCAGCGUGUGUUGUUUUCCGCAUCUGCAUCCACAGCGGAACCGCUGACUUGGCUGCUCCUGGGGGGUUUCAUUGUGUCAGGGAAGAUUGUGCCUUCAACAUGAUUCCUAUGCUGCGUUUAUAAUCUUUGGUUUUUAUGUGGCUUGCUUUAUCCCACCCUAUUCCCAAGAAAAUUCCAUAUUUGCAUUUAGAGGGGCAUGGAUGUUGCUGCUGUGUCGGAAUGCUCAGUGUUUGUCCACUAAAUGCUUGUCUCCUUUCUGUUUGGCUGAUAAAACGUAAAGAAUCUUAACAGGCAGAUUGCUGAAUUCGGUGAAAAAUUAUUUACCGUGAAACAGCAGUUGUAAUGCGAUGCUAUUUCUUUGGGUGUUUUUAUUUAAUUUCUCGCCUUAAGUUGUUGUAUCAGGUAAAAUCUGCUUGUACACUUUCCAGCCAUCCUCUUUCUUCGGUUUAAUUCCCAUUAAAUCAUAGUUUGCGCCAAACAAAGAAUGUAUGAUUUGUUAUUCAUCUUCACUACUCAGAGUUUAGAAUUGUAGAUGUAGAGUUAAGACUAACAUUGCUUUUUGAGUUUAAGGUUCGUGUUAAUCUGAACCCAGAUUUUCUUUUAUGCUUUUGCACAACACUUGAAUUUGUCGCGUAUCUUUUAACUCAAGUUUACACCAUCUUUAAACACCACUAGCUUCUUUAAUUUAAUAUAUCCAGCAUUGUAGAUGCAUUGCUUUAACAUUCCGUUAACUACCAAUUAGGAAUGUGCACUUAAAUUAUGUCAUGACCAAUGAGGAAUUCUCAUUCAGUGUGUGAUUUCAGUUUGGAUCGUUUUCAUGUUCAGUUGUGUGACUGUGUGUGUGUUAAUAAAUGUUUAACAUAUUCAAAAUGUUAAAAAAAGCCCAGUUACAUCAGAUUAAACAGGAAGAUUCAAGGACACUCUAUGCAAUUCUAGCUCUGUUCAUGUCAUCUCAGUGUUGAGCAUGUGAGCAAAGCAUUGACAAGCUGAGAAAUGAAUGUACGUUCCACACAAAGUGACUUAGUUUUGUGAUGUCAGUAAAUUUCAGCACUCUUGAAUUUUAUUG